CUGAUUGCAAUGCCGUUCUUAAAGCUCUACAGCCCAUUUUUCAGGAGCAGGGAAUGACAGAAACAGUUCAUAACUGGGAAGACCAUGGUUAUUUAGCAACCUACAUCAAAAAAAAUGGCAGUUUUGCCAAUUUGAGAAUUCACCCUCAUGGAUUAGUGUUGGUGGAUCUGCAGAGCUACAAUGAUCAUAUUAAAGGAAGAGAGGAAGUUGAUCAGCUUCUAAACAAAGUAGAAGAAAGAAUGAAAGAACUGUUUCAUGGUAAUAUAAAAAGGGUGAAACGGUUGCCAGCCAUUUUGAGAGGAGGUGUCAUUGAUAGAUACUGGCCCACAGCUGAUGGGCGCCUGGUGGAGUAUGACAUAGAUGAAGUUGUUUAUGAUGAAGAUUCACCUUUUCAGAAUAUUAAAAUUCUACAUUCAAAACAGUUUGGGAAUAUUCUUAUCCUCAGUGGGGAUGUUAAUUUGGCAGAAAGUGACCUGGCAUAUACUAAAGCCAUAAUGGGCAGUGGAAAGGAAGACUACACUGGGAAAGAAGUGCUAAUCCUAGGAGGUGGUGAUGGAGGUAUACUAUAUGAGAUAGUCAAACUGAAGCCAAAGAUGGUUACUAUGGUAGAGAUUGACCAAAUGGUGAUUGACGGGUGUAAAAAGUACAUGCGUAAAACAUGCGGAGAUGUCUUAGACAAUCUGAAAGGAGAGUGCUACCAGGUUCUAAUUGAAGACUGUAUUCCCGUACUGAAGAGGUAUGCCAAAGAAGGGAGAAUGUUUGAUUAUGUAAUUAAUGAUCUGACAGCUGUUCCAAUCUCCACAUCUCCAGAAGAAGAUUCCACAUGGGAAUUUCUGCGGUUGAUUCUUGACCUCUCAAUGAAAGUUCUGAAACAAGAUGGAAAAUACUUCACACAGGGAAACUGUAUAAAUCUGACUGAUGCCUUGACUCUGUAUGAAGAACAGCUUAGCAGGCUUUAUUGUCCUGUGGAGUUCUCAAAAGAAACAGUGUGCGUUCCCUCCUACAUGGAAUUAUGGGUAUUCUACACUAUUUGGAAGAAGCAAACUGACAUCUGAACAUCAAGAUUGAGAUUAUCCUAAAUGUACAUGCUGCAUGGAGCAUAUAGGCCUACCACAUGCUGCAUAUUGGCAUCUUGAACCUUUAAAUUAUAUGCUGUAGAUGAUCCUGAAACUUAGUCAUGCUAUUGAUUGUGAAUUCUUUAAAUGUUUUUUUAUUAUUAUUUUAAUUUAAAAGCAAAUGGAAAAUGUAUAUUUUGACGAGCUAGGGUGUUAUUUUUGAAAGUCAACUUAAAGAUGAAUAAGCAGCAAAACUAUAUAGCUGCUGACUGCACUGAACCUUUAGAAUGUGAUCCUUUUUAUUUUUUUGUAGAUCUUCACAAACUGAUUGAUUAAAAAAGACAUCUUUAGCAUUUCAUCCCUGAAGGGUGGUCCAUGGAGUUUGUUUUUGUUUUUUCCAACAGAUUUUUCAUCUGUGGUGCUUUUCAAGGUUGGAGAGGGUUUUUGUUUGGUUUUGGUUUUUAUUUAGUUUUUUAAAUGAACAAUGCAGUGCUUCCAUAUAGAGAAGGGCAUAAUUAAAAAGAAAAAUUUCGUUUAUUUACUCUAGUUUCAUUCAUCAUAAUCUCUGCUGCAGGAGAAGAAUCUUUGACCUUUCACCUCCUGGAAUUCUUUGGCUACUGCCAUAUUGAUUAUUUGGAUUCUGAUAUGGAUUUAACAGUGGGUUAUAGCGGCACUUUGAACUGUUUAAGCAUGAGGAUCAAAGCUGGUUUUCCAUCCCACCACAAGGCAAGAAAUUGAGUGCAGUGAGGUUUUCUCACUCUCCCCAGCCUUAUGGGAAGCAUUAGAUUUCUGAAGCAAAGGUUGCUUUAGAGGGUGAAGAAAUGUGGAUGUGACCCAUCUUUAUGUGCCCCUGUAUUGAAUGUUUUGAGGCUUCAGUAGGGGAAGUCUUAGUCGUAUUGCCACAGAUUGACCAUGUUGUGCGAGGUUCUUGCUGAAUUAGAUUCACUUUCAGUAUAAAAAUCAGUGGAAGCUAAGAUUGCAUUGUAGUUCCUCCGAAAGACAAAGCAUUUUUCUUAAGCAGUUUCUCAUGUUGUCUAAAGUUAUAUUUUUGUAAGAAUUUGCUAUGUGUUGACUAAAACAUUUAUUUCAGUGUUUAAAAAUCCCACUUGAAAAUAGAUAGGAAGGAUAUAACCAUUCUGUGCAUUUCUGUAUUUUUCCGGGAUAGAAUAAAAACUGCACUAUUUCCCUAAACACUCUAAUCCUGAAAAAUAAUGAUUUUUUUCCAUUCAAUACCUAGUAUCAGCAUUUUCUUAGUUUUAUUGGAGAGAGUUGAUUUGCCCUCCCAAGAUACUGUUAAUGAAUAAAAAAAAAAAAAGCUAUCCUUAAUCUGUAUUCUUAAACCAUACAUAAAGAAAAAUUUUAUUGCAUCCCACAUAUAUAAACUGUUCAUGGAAUCCAAGUAGCCUCUCUAGAAUUCCAGAUUGAUACCAGAAAACUUGCAAAAAUUUGCUCUUUGUUUGGUCUAUAAUUGGUGUAUAAUUGUUAAAAUAUUUUCAGUUGGGAGUGCCCAUAGAAACAUUCUUCAGUCUUGCUGUUUUAAAUUAUUGCAGUUAAUUCUCCAGUAUACAUGGGGCAUAGUUCUUCCUUGGCCUACAGCUUAUGCAUCCCUAAAUACUCCCAAAGAGCAGAGCUUCCCUCUAAAAGGGAGAAAAGUGCAUUUCCCUGAGGUUUUUAGCUCUGUUGUGUGCAUCCCAGAAAAUACCUUUAUAGUAUUACCUGUAACCUAGUAGUGACCCUUCAUUUAUGAUACAGGACUGCAAUCAGUAUAUUGUAUAGCUGCAAAUGAGUGCAGGUGUCCUAUAAACAGAUAGGUGUAUCCAUAAGUUUGCAAGCAUGAAUAUCUCCAUUGAUUCUUAGUGUGAUUACUCAUGUAGGUGAAAUUAAGCACACAGGCACUCACUGGGACAGAGCCUACAGCGUCUGUGUUCCCAGGUGAGCCUGGCAGAUGUACAAAUCAGUCACAACAAGUGGAGGUGGCUUGUUUUUUAGCAAGGAAACUUGUGAACUGGAAGAUGACUUGAUCUACUUGCUGUACCAAGGCUUGUACUUCCCUUUAGCAUCACUGCUCAGGGCUGCCUGAGCACAGAGAGCACUUGGGUGUGCAGGGAUGUUCUCUAAUGAUUCCCAGAUUGACCAGGGGACCUGAAUCGCAUAUUAAUAGGUGAGAGGCAGCAGUGCUUGCAAACUUUUUCUUUUCAACUGAUUAAAUUAAAAAAAAAAAGAGAGAGUUGGAGGAAUUAUUUUUAUUCUUUAAACUUUUUUUAAAUGUAGUUUUUUUGAAGUGAUAGAUGUAGUAUAAAGCAAUUCAGCAAACACUGAACAUUAUAUUUUUUUAAGUUGCUGAAUUGAUUUUGAGCAAAUAUAUACACACUGUCGAUCCUUAUUUAUUUGUUGCUGUAGUGUAGAUUUUUUUAAAAGAAAAACAAGUCUGUAUUAGAAUUUUCAAAUGCAAACUGCUACAGCUGAUGGGUUUUCCAUGUUUAAGGCCAGUUGGGAAAUAGCUAGGAUUGCUGCACUAUGUAUGCAAACAGUUCCCAAGAUACGGUUAACAUUAGAGGUUUCUUAAUUAUUCUUUGCACUAAAUGCUGCUUCCACCUAGAAGUUACUUGAUUGAUAGUAGUUUGUGCAAGGAGAAGACUGCUGGCGUUGUAUCUACUGCAUCAGUGCAGUGCACAUGUUAAAAUAAAGGUACGCUGUUAUUA